AUGGCAUUUGCAACACUGUUGAUUCAGUAUCUACCACUGAAAUUCUUCGGUUUCCUUCCACUUUACAUUGGAGUUGAAUUAAUUCUAGGCUUUGCUAUUUUGAAUAAAGCAGGUGGAGCUUAUGGGAUUGUUUCUAUUUUCACUGGUCAUCCAAUAAAUUUUUGGCAAUGGCUAUACAAUUCUCUUGCCAUUGCAACAUUACCAAUUUACAUAUCAGGGUUAAGCCAUUUACAAAUUAGACCACUGAAUGUUAGAAAGAUAUCGAUUUCUUGUUUAGUGUAUGUAGCAGACACCGUCAUUGGAAUCUUGUACACUUUGUAUUUUGUCUAUUUUUGGUUUAGUAAUGAAGAUGAUAUAAGUGAAACUGAAGGUACCAGGACUAAAGACUUACCUCCUGAUUUGGCAGCUCAAUCUGCUUCCGCCGGUAGAGAGCUUUUCAUUACCACAGGAUCUACCAUUGUAUUGACUGUCUUGAGAGUAUAUUUUACGUUAGUCUUGGUAUCAUUUACGAGGACAUUAUUGAAGCAGACUGCCGGACAGAGAUUGGUCGCGGACGAUGAAGAGGAUGAAUUCAACAAAGAAGGAAAGGUUGCACGCGUGAAGAAGUGGAUUUUUGGCUUAGAGAUUAGAAGCAGUGAAAUUUUAAGUGAUUACUUCACUUAA